GAGACUGACUGACACUGAGUGUGGUGAGUGCAGAGCAAAAGCCCCAGAGGCAACCUGAGGCAGAGCCUGAGAAACUCACUCAGUCUGUUAAAGAGAGAAAGAGAGAGCUGAGCUUCUGGAGGCAAUCUCUGAGAGACAUUCACAUUCUCAUAAAGAGACCAGAAGGAUCAAGUCAAGCUUUAGUUCUGCUCUUGGGAGCCAACAUGGUGGUACACAGUAAGGACUCGGGGAGAGGUGGAAACCUUGCACUGCUUUGGAGCUGAAACGGGCAAAAACACAGGAGUGUGUUUUGGCAAAGAGAAGGAAUCUAUUCCUGAGGACAACUCUUCAAGGGACUCGGAGGAGGAUUAGUCACUGUUCCCUUUGUUGGCUCAGCAACCCUUGCUGAUGAUGGACCAUUUGAGCUAAAAGGAGGCUCACACUUGUGUGACGGGUUUAUCUGAGUAAGUAAAAGUGAGCCGGCCUGUACUUUGUGGGGUGCAGCCUGGUUGAGAGAGUCGGCGCAGGGGGAGGGGAAGAAGCUCCAGCCUGGGUCUCUGUCCUCUGGGAGGGAUCUUUUGCAAUGUGGAGUAACCCCCCAAAAUAAUUACAUCAAGGCACCAGAGAGUUAAUCACGUCGACCACGUUCUCCAGUCAUCUGCAAAAUGGAUAAGAUUUGCUGGGAAACAACAUUUGAACUAAUGGUGUGAGAACCUUUCGGUGCAUUUUGGGUGUUGGACUGUUCUGUUCCUUGCUAUUCAUUCAUGGUCGGUUCAUUGUGCAGGGCAGGCCUUUUGUUAUAAAGCUAUUACAUAACAGACCCCCACAGUUCUCUCUCUCAUAAUGAACAACACUACAAACUUGAUGGACAAUAUCACCCAGAAAUUGAAUGGACAAGCCAUCGGCUGCGAAAAGAACGAUGAAUUCAAAUACCCAAUGUACAGCACGGUCUUCAGCAUUGUGUUUGUAAUUGGACUUAUCACCAAUGUCGUGGCUAUUUAUAUAUUCACCUGCUCUCUGAAACUGAGGAAUGAGACCACGACCUACAUGAUCAACCUGGUGGUGUCUGACCUGCUGUUUGUCUUCACGCUGCCGCUCAGGGUGUUUUACUUCAUCAACAAGAGCUGGCCCUUCGGGACCACGCUCUGUAAAGUGUCCGUCUCGCUCUUCUACACCAACAUGUACGGAAGCAUGCUGUUCCUCACCUGCAUCAGCGUGGACCGCUUCUUGGCCAUCGUGCACCCUUUCCGCUCAACAACGCUAAGGACCAAGCGCAACGCUAAAAUAGUGUGCGCCACCGUGUGGGUUUUGGUGCUGUCGGGGAGUCUGCCCACCGGGUUCUUGUUGGAGAGCCCCCCGAACCACGAAAACGCCAAAACCAUCUUCUGCUUUGAGAACUUUUCCUCCAAGCAGUGGAAAUCUCACCUGUCUAAAGUGGUGAUCUUCAUAGAGACUGUGGGCUUCGUCAUCCCCUUGCUUCUCAACGUGUGCUGCUCCAUCAUGGUGUUGCAGACUCUUCGCAGGCCGCAAACCGCCAGCCACGGCGGGAGGGUGAACAAAGCAAAGAUUUUGCGGAUGAUAAUCGUGCACCUCUCCAUCUUUUGUUUCUGCUUCAUCCCCUACAAUGUAAACUUAGUCUUUUACGCCCUGGUUCGGACGAAGACAUUGGACGGCUGCUUCGUGGAGUCUGUGGUUCGAACCAUCUACCCCAUAGCGCUGUGCAUAGCUGUAACCAACUGCUGCUUCGACCCCAUCAUCUACUACUUCACCUCGGAGACCAUCCAGAACUCCAUGAAGAGGAAGUCUCAGGUCAACCGUUCGUUCGAUGCCAGGUUCUCCGAGGCCAUGCAGUCUGAAGCCACCUCCACUCUGCAGUGGAGCUUAAGGAGCCUCAAAGCUAAAGUCUUCCACAACGAGUCUUCAGUGUGACAGCAGAGUUGCGACGCCCCAGCUUGAAGCUGAAAUCCAUCCAUUCCUGAAAAAGGCAAGCCACCGUGAGACAAUAGGAGAUGGAUUUUAAUUUUUUUUUAUGGGACUCUUUAUCUUUUCAUCUCAGGGCAAAUGUUUGGAAGCGUGGAUUUGACAGCUCUGCUUUGCAGUAUUGCUGCGUGGCCCCUUGCUAACAACUGUGGAUUUGUUAUUACUACUUACUAACAUCCCUUUCCUGUGGAAUAUACUGUAAUUGUGUUAAACACAAUUACUCUGUCAGUGACCUAGAAGGGAAUGAGAUCACUGAACUGCAGGACAGUUAUGAUAUUUACUGCUUCACGUGCCUGUAUGUCUGUAUAUCUAUGGUAAGUUGUGGUGCUAACUUUAGGAUGUAAUCUAUUAAAUUAACAAGAAAAGAAGCUAUAACAAACUAUAGAUGUACAGGACUUUCUUUGUGUGUAAAAAUUGUGAAUUGCUGUUAAGUCACCAAGUGCCUUCACUGCUCUGGCAUCCUUUUUAUUAUCUCAUUACUGAACAUAAAAUGCACUGACAGUUUCUCAUACUGCACUCACACCAACUGUCAUAAAUAAAAGCCAUUUGCUGUUAAAAACGA